AAUCUUUUUUAUUAAAUGUAUUUUUAUUAUUUUACAACUUUUAAAUUUUGACCUUUGCGUUAUUUUUUAAGAUGCUGAAUGAAAUUUGGAAUAAGGACAAUGCGGAAUGGCUCAAGUAAUUAGAUUCAAAACUUGCUUAGGUAGACGUAAAUGUUGUUGCCCCUUUAAGAAACUUUCCCGCGCUUGGCUGGAGCUGUGGGUGUUCGGACAGAACCUCGCACGGAUUUCAACGCGAAGUCUGUUUUGGAGUUAAUAUUUCGGCAAAUGCCGAAUAAUAUAAUAAUAUAAGCUUAUUUUUACACGUGUGUCGCCAUGUUCGGUUGAUUUUUGUUGAACUUGGUGUUUCCUCUGCUCUAAGCCCGUUAAAAGUGCUUGCGUCAGACUGGCUGGUGUACGUUGGCCUACAGGAUGGAGCUGACAAUGAUGUCUACCGCUCACUUAAUAAAGGAGUUAAUACAAUUUGGUAUCGAAGUCACUGAAGAGGAGAGGAAAAAAUUUGAAGACAAUGACGUGGAUGGAGAGACUGUUGACAUUGGACUGACUGAGUCAAUGAUUUCAUUCCUCUUUGAGGGAUCAUUUAAAAAACAAGCAAAAUUUCAUCGAUUUAUUCAGCAGAUGAAGGAGACAGUGACAUUAACUCUUGAACCUGUGCCUGUAGAAUCCCAGUCAUCAGCUGGAGCAAGUAAUAUCAGCCUGUCAACAGCUUUUCCUGCAGUUUUUGAAGUUCCGAAGUUUCCAUUUGACGUUCAGGCCAAGUUGGACCAAAAAGAAUGCCGACUAACGUCAUCAGACCGAAACAAAAUUAUUAGAACAUUGUAUGAAAGCAUGGCUCAGUACAAAAUGUAUCCAACUAAUGAAGAGUAUGUUCAAGUGGCUAAAGCCCUGACUCUGAGGUAUCCCUUUUUGAAAGACAAAGAGGGCAAUGGAUAUCACACUUGGCACAUGUCUCUGAAACGCAAGUUUAAAUUUGAGCGGACACCUUUGGCUGACAUUGAAGAAGUAAAAAGACUUAAACAGAAGUUUGGUCAUUCAAAAAAGUCUCUGCAACCUGAAGAAAGUAGUUCAAAUAAACAAAUUACAAGGCCUUUGGAGAUUACUGCUUUUGGAGAGGAUGCUACAUCAGUAGAGGGACAUGUGAAAGUCCUGCAGGACCAGUAUAGAAGGACACAGCCAGAUACUCGCAUUGUUGAAGAGCGAAUGAGGAGGCCUCUCCUGGAGCCGACUCCUUAUCGUGGUGGAGGGGUUUGCGUGUUCCAAUGA